AUGGCAGAAACUGCACGAUCUAGUGCAGUCGUUUCAUCAGCGCCCAGAAGCUGCACCAUUCAGGUCGCCAGAUUAUCCUUGGCACCAAGUUGCAAUGAUCUCAUUUUUAUUGCCAAACUAGGCGACGGAAAUUAUAGAGAAGUCAUCAAGGAACCGAUGGACCUCGAGACUGUGUUGACUCGUCUUCGUUCGAAUACAUACAAAACUUUUUAUGAUACUUUUAUUGAUGUCCGAAAAAUAUGGCUGAAUUGUAUUUUGUAUGACGAAAAGAACGCGUCAAACUAUUUCCGAUUUGCUCUGCUUUUGAAUAAGCACUGGGACAAAGCUUAUUUUGAUCUCGUACGAAAAUGCCGUCAAGAUCCCGUAGAUUUUAGCAAAUUCGAUCGUCAUUCAUGGAUUCUGGAACAGCGGGCAUUCUCACACAUUUUAAAUACGCUUUCCGACCUUCAGCUUAUGGAUGUCGUAGCAAAGAUCGAGUCGCUUUAUCCCGAUUCAAUUACAAGAGGCGGGGCUCGUUUUAGUUUGGACGUUGAUAAGUUGCCGCCUACAUUUCUUGAGGACAUGAUUUUGUUUUCAAAGUCAUUGCACGGUGAAAAUAAGUCCAAGAGGAAAAGCAAGGCACCUGAGAGCAUCUAA